AUGACCUCAGGUGAUGAUAGCGACAAUACGGUGGCGACGGUGGCAGCAAGGCAAUGUCAAAAGAUAUGGUUGCCGUUGACAACGACGGUGGUGACUAACCUAAUUAGUAGUGUUAAGCAUGUGGAAAGCAACGACGCUUUGGCUGAGAGGAAAAAAACAGGAACAAAACACAGAAAAUCAAAAGAAGGAAAACAGCGCCUAAGAGGAAAAAUAGGGAACAAAACACAGAAGAACAAAAGAAGGAAAAUAGGGGAAGAAACGCAAGGAGAAAAAGAAAGACUUAGAGGGAGAAGGAGAUCGAGAGGGAUGGGGAGAGAUCAGGAGGCCGAGCACGAAAGGACCAAAAAGUAUGGUCGGUGUUCCGACGACGGUGUUCCGACGACGACGUCGAAGGGUUCAGUGAAGCUUUCAAUUGGUUAAAGCAUAUAAGAAAAUCAGAACGAAAAAAGCACCAAGUUGAAAUUCAAAAAAAAGAUGUAAUUUAUUCUUUAUAUUUUUUCUAUGUUAAUUCGAAUUGAUUGAAGUUGAAUUCUGGUGAUUGCUUUCGCUCAUUAGUUUAUUCGUAUAGAUCUUGUAUUUUGAUUAUGAUAUUUGCUUGUUACUACUUGCUUAUUAUCUUUUGAUGGUAAAGUUGAGUAAAAAUAUUAAUAACAUAUUACUUUUAUCUUUUGAUUA